GUCGCCAUGGCAACGCCAGUGUGGAGUGGGCCUGGCUUCUGCUAGCGUUCGCGACGUCAAACGACUCUCCAAGGCGUGCAUUAUUUGUGACGGCACAGGGACGAGGACCGAAAGGACCUGUCGCGAGGUCACGCCAUUUCGAUUUGUCCUUUCUGCCACUCCUGCCGGCCAACUGCGUAGGCUGAACUAUUCUUGUCUCUGACGGAAUGGCAAAUUCUCUCGUUGCUGAGGACAUGGACGUUGUCAACUGUGCCUCUAUGUGGCGAACUGACAGAUCCUGCAGCGACAUGGCUGCUCAGACAACUGAUUUGACGUUCAGUGAAAAGGAAGCCCAGAGCAAGUACUGCACCUCAUCAGAGGUUCAGACUGAAGUGAUCCAAGAGCAAAGUUCUUCAGGUGCUGAUAUGACGAAGCUUGCUGCGUGGUUAUCAAAAAUAACUCCUCGAGUCAUUGAAGAGCUUGACAAAAGCAACAAAAGUCGUGCAUUUAAUGAAUACAAACUUCAAGAAAGUGUGGACAGUAGUACUAGGCAUCUGUUUUCUUUAAGCAUGCCACAAACUGAACUUCAAAAUGAUUGUUUUACAUCUGCCAUUGAUUGGAGUUCAACUGGAGGAAUUCUAGCUGUUUCAAGAUGUGCCAAGGAGCAUCCGAGCUGGUGUGUGCACUCAGGCUGUGUUUCACUUCACCGAACCAAUGGGCAAGAAUGCAAGACAGAGACACCAUACAGAUCGCUAGAUGUGAAUGCCUGUGUGACUGCUCUGUGUGCACAUCCAAUAGAGUCCUUUAUUCUUGCUUGUGGAACAUUCAGUGGUGAAGUCACAGUGUGGAAUUUACAGAAAGAUGAUCCAACUCUUAUUGGUAGUAUCACUUUGCACAGUGAAGCAGUAGUCCAUAUGCAAUGGAUUCAAAACUUUGAUAUGACAGAUCUAAGGCCAGUUCUGGCCUCAGCAUCAAGAGAUGGAUCAGUUGUUAUUUGGACCAUGAAGUCAACUAGUUCCACCCUCAAAGCUGCCAAAUGCUUCCUUCUUCAAGCAGAAAAACAGAGUAUCGACUAUGGCAUUGUAUGUGCUAAAUUCAAUCCCAGCAAUCCAGGUUUAUUUGUUGCUGGCAUCGAAGGAGGUUCAGUUGCACUGUGCACAUCGGACAGCAGGCGACCAUGUCUUCGCAAGCGAACUUCUGUUGGUCAUGAAUUAGAUUAUUGUGAUCCAGUUCUAAAUAUUUUGGAAGGCCAUAAAGGAACUGUAACUGGUGUUCAAUGGGUACCAGGAAGCAAAGAUCUCUUUCUCAGCUGUGGUUCUGAUUCUGAACUACAUGUCUACUCUCUUGCUGAGGUUUGCCUCUUAAGAAUAAUUCAUUUACCAGAGCCUUCAUAUGGGUUACAAGUAAUUUCUAGUCACCCAAGUGUUGCCUUGACAUGGGGCUCAUCAGGUGCCAUUCACUUGCAUGAUGUCCAUACAACAAAAAUUUUGCCUCUGUUAGAUCUGGAUGAUGGAAAUGCUAAAGUUUCACUGUCUACUGUUAGUGUCCGUACUAUAAGUUCACAGCUGCUGGCACUUGGAACUACAGAUGGAAAGGUAUCUGUGUGGCAAGUCCCUCACCUUAAGUUCAACACUUCAUGAGAACUCUAAGUUAAGUAGUAUAUGCUUUCCAGAUGGGUUGUGUAAGGGUGCAAGUAUAGCGAGUUAAAGAUAUUCUUAAAAUUGAAUAAAAACUCCUUUUAUUUUCAUAAAAAUUUUA